GGAGGGACCGGGAGGGGAACCCUUGGAGGGGUUCGCGCCCAGCCCGGGGCCUUCUGCCUUCUUUCAUGUGCCGCCGGUCGCACGGCCCUGGCCUGGUUCGUUUCAGGCAGUGCCUGAUGACGAUGCGGCCUCCGCAUCCCGACAGCCGCUGAGGGCAGCGCGCGCGGCCGCGAUGGCGUCGGGCUGCCCGGCGGCCUUCGGGGACCCGACCGAAGUGCGCGAGGGCUUCCUUUGCCCGCUGUGCCUGAAGGAUCUCCAGGCGUUCCGGCAGCUCCAGGCGCACUACGAGGAGCAGCACUCGGGCGAAGACCGGGACGUCAGGGCGCAGCUCCGAAAUUUAGUCCAGAAGGCCAAAAGAGCAAAGAAGAAGUUGUUGAAACAAGAAGAUGAUGACAGAACUGAUUCUGGAUCUCAGGAACGAUAUGAAUCAUUCAGCUAUGGUGGAGUAGAUCCAUACAUGUGGGAGCCUCAGGAAGUAGGUGCUAUGAGAAGCCAUCUUUCUGAAUUCAAGAAACACCGAGCAGCCAGGAUUGAUCACUAUGUAGUUGAAGUCAAUAAGUUAAUAAUCAGGUUAGAAAAGCUGACAUCAUUUGACAGAGCAAACACUGAGUCAGCUAAAAUAAGAGCUAUAGAGAAGUCUGUUGUGCCUUGGGUCAGUGAUCAGGAUGUUCCAUUUUGCCCAGACUGUGGCAGUAAGUUCAGUAUCCGAAACCGACGUCACCACUGCCGCCUUUGUGGGUCUAUUAUGUGCAAGAAGUGCAUGGAAUUUGUCAGUCUUCCUUUGGCAAGCAAACUCACUAGUGCCAGCAGAGAGGCCUUGGGUUCUCAUACAAGCCCAAACUCCUCACCCAGCAGUGUCCACGGCUCCCGCCGUGGCAGCAUUAGCAGUAUAAGCAGCGUGAACUCUGUUCUGGAUGAGAAGGAUGAUGAACGAAUACGUUGUUGUCAGCACUGCAAAGACACCCUGUUGAAAAGAGAGCAACAGAUUGAUGAGAAAGAAUACACACCAGAGAUAGUGAAACUCUAUGAGAAACUCCGACUCUGCAUGGAGAAGGUGGACCAGAAGGCCCCAGAAUACAUAAGGAUGGCAGAAUCACUGAAUGCUGGGGAGUCAGCCUACAACCUUGAUCAUGCUAAUGACUUGAGGGUGGAGAUUCAAAAAAUGUAUGAAUUUAUAGAUGCGUUAAGUAAGAAGAUUUUGAGUCUAGGCUUGCACGAAGAUCCUCAACCUCAUCCUAAAAUACUACAACUUCAGCGAAUGAUAAGAUACUCAGCUACACUUUUUGUUCAGGAAAAACUGCUUGGCCUAAUGUCCCUGCCAACUAAGGAUCAGUAUGAAGAACUGAAGAAGAGAAGACUGAAUAUGGUUGCUCUUGAAGCACAGGGAAGACAAGAGGAAAAGCAGAAGGAGUUUAUCUCUGUAUCUGCAUCUGCAGUUAAUGGUGAUGAAACUCACAUAAAAAAAGGAACAGUCAAAAAAUCUGAAGGCUGGUUGCCCACAUCUAGCAUUUCGAGAGAGAGCGAGAGAGCAGACCCACUUCUUCAGCAGAUUGACAAUAUCACAUCCUUUAUUAAGCAAGCAAAGGCAGCUAAUAGGAUAGAUGAGGUCCAUACGUUGCAAGAGAACCUGAUGCAGCUUCAGGAUGAAUAUGAUCAACAACAAACUCUGAAAGCUAUUGAGCUUUCUAAAAAACAAGCAGAAGAGGAGGAGAUACAGAGGGAGGAACUUCAGGUCCUUCGUGAAAAAGAGUGGGAAAGAGAGCACCAUAAAUUCAUGUCUCAGCAUUCAAGGACACGCUCCUUAGACUUCAGAGAAGUCAAACAGCAUUUGGAUGUUACUUGGAUCAAAGGGGACACAAGUUUUGAAACUCCUGUUGAGCAGCUGCCAGCAAAAGAGCACUCGACCUUCACACUCAAACCCCAGAAUGUCCCACAGUGUGACAAAGACCGUGAUCAGCCAGCCUGUCUAAACCCCUUUGAGGAUGAAGCAGAUACCCCUCAAGUAGAAGAUCCUGCUAAUCCAUUUGCCAAAGACACCUCUCCAGUGGUUUCUUUCUCUAACACAGCUCAGCAAAGUGAUAAAAAAGAAUAUAAUCCAUUUGAAAGUGAGGAGGAGGAUGAACAAAGUAAUGGAGCACCUGGCAGUACUUCAAACCCCUUUGAAGAGGACGAAAAUCCAUUUGAAAAGCCUGGGGGCAGUUGGAAUUCAGGGAAUCCAUUUGAAGAGGGAUCCUCUAUCAAUCCCUUUGAAGUGGAGGAUGGCAGUGAGAUCUCUGGGGAGGAGGCUAUAGAGGAAGAGCUGCUUCUCCAACAGAUAGAUAAUAUUAAAGCUUAUAUAUUUGAUGCCAAACAUAGUGGACGACUGGAUGAGGUGGAGGUACUGACAGAGAACUUAAAGGAACUGAAACACACUUUAGCAAAGCAGAAGGAGAAAUCUAACUGCUGAAGCAGCAAUAGGGUUGUGUAAUAAUUCAGUCUGCUGUUAAAUAUGGGAAAGUAAAGCAGAUACUUACAGACAGGAGUACAGAUCACAAGAGGGAAUUGGGAAAAUCCUGACUUUAAAGCACUUUCAUUUAGACAUAGCCACUACUACGCAGUCUUGAAGAAAGAAUCACUGAGGAAUGCUGCUGGUCUCAAAAACUUAGAGUAAGAAAUUUUAAAAUAACUUUUUACAGCACUUUUUAAUGCUAACUGGUCUUACUGAAUGCUUAUUUUGGUCCAGGGGUUAAGUGGUAAUAGGGAACUAUGAUGUGGAAGUGGUUGGAAUAUUGGUUUGCCCUCUUUCCUGCUUUCUGCUGUAGUGUUGGCCUUUCACGUGUGGCUUUGACUAAAAAGAGAUGAAAACUUUUCUAAAACUUCUUCAUCUUCUCCUGA